UAUGAUAUGAUAUUGUAUCAUGAUAUUGUUCUCUAUAGUAUUGUAUUUUAUGAUACAUUCUACUACAGUUAUUGCCGAGAUCAAAGAGAUGCCGCGGACAUUAUUCUUCAAUAUACCACGAACGACAUUAGUAAAUUAUCAGAUCAGAAAUACCUAUUUGUCUCGCACUGAUCAUGGAAGUACAACUUCAAACCGUAAAAAGUUUUAAAACCAUGUCAAUUUCACGUGUUAGUUCCAGUCAAAACAAUGUGUAUUGCCUCAAAUCUUUAUUUUUAAUGCGGCUGUUCCUAGGACCUCCCUGGCACAUUUUCACUGCGUGUUUUUACAUAAAAUAUAUAACGUGUAGUAGUAAUAAUCGUAUUAAAUUGCCCUUAAAAUGUUAGGAAUGUGAUUCAAAGAUAUUUAAUAAAUAAGUGAACUUCAAGAGUAUUAAAAUCCUAAGAAAAAGUCUGUCGUCUGCAUGUGAUUCCUUUGAUCGAUACACAUGUAAACAUUACUAACAAAACUGUUGGGGUUACACGGAACAGCCGUCAAAAUGACCUAGAUCAUCUCUCUAUAGGAGAAACGAUCUGUAGAAAUACUGGGCUGUUAGUAGAAUAGAAAUAAAGUUCUUGUUUUCGUGAAUGUUGUUUGAAAUAUAAAAGCCUCGGCUAGCGCCUCGGUUUUUAUAUUUCAAAACAACAUUUCUCGACCUCGGAGGUUAUUCUGCAACAUUCACGAAAACUCGUACUUUAUUUCUUAAUCCAUGAAUAUCCAAGAUCAUAAAGUAUGAUUUUCAUAUAAUAUGAUAAAGGUGGUCUCAUAAAGGUGAUGUCUCAUAAGGGUGCAUGAUCCCUCGUCUCGGUGAGCUUUGUAAUCUGUGAUUACCUAUGUUUUUAUAUUCUAGGAACAUCUGCAUUUUUUGCAGAAUUAUUGGUUUUUUCGUAUUGUUUUACUUUUAAAUUUAUUUACUAACCAGUGAGAUGCCCCUAAUUCAAACGAGGGGGGGAUAUACUGUUUUAUCCAUCUGGGUCUGUUUGUUCAUCUGUAUGUUGGUAACAAAUUUCUGUCACAUUCUUCUUAAAUUGGCAACUAUUAUUUAUACAGUUGCUUGAGAUUUUAACACACUCAUUGUAUAGGCUUAUGACAUAUGGUGGGAGUCGGUUUUUGUACAAAUUAGAUGUCACUUUCCUAUGAAAUGACAAAUGUAUUCUUAGACUUGAAUUUAAAAUAAAUUUUCAUUACAGUUUUCUCAGAAAUUGCUCAUCGCAGAUGCGAGAGAUUUUAACACAUGUACUCUUUGUUUAGUGACAAACCAUCUGCCCCUAAGGGACCAUUCAGUGUGUCCAAUCUCACUGCUUCAUCUGCUGACUUGAAUGGAAGCCAACAACAAAAGAUAACGGUUCUCCAGUCACAGGCUAUGUUAUUGAGUCCAGACCUAGCACCAGAGCAAGAUGGAGCAAAGUGGCCGAGAUGGAUGACAACACCACCAUACUCUCCCAAAGACCUCGUUGACACUCUGUUCAGGGUGUCUGCUGUUAAUGAGGAGGGACAAGUCUCACCACUAGAGACCAAAGAACCUGUGAGACUUAAGAGGAAGAUAGAUGUUCUAUCUUCACCAAGACAAGUCAAAGUGUCUAAACUUGGUCCCGAUUUUGUGACACUGGAUUGGAAAUCACUGUCUUCAGAUGGAGGCUUCAAGGUGACAGGGUAUGUGGUGAAGCAGAAGAGAGGCUCUGAUGGUGACUGGGAGGAGGUGGCCACUCUAAAGGCUAUUGAGACGUCUUACAAGGUCCCCAAACUUAAUGAAGACCAAGAGUAUUUCUUUUCUAUAACUGCCCUGAACCAGAACGGACAAGGAGAAACCUGUGAACUGGACACGUCUGUUGUUCCAAAGAGACCUCCAGAAAAACCGUCGCCACCAGUUGGUCCAGUCAUACUCUCAGACAUUCAGAAAACCUCUUUGGUGUUAGCCUGGAAACCCAGCAAGAAUGAUGGCAGAUCUCCUCUAACAGCUUACUAUAUUGAAAUGAGGGACCUUAAUAAUGGAUCCUGGUCUGCAGUCACCAAAGUGACCCCAGACAUCACCAGCUACUGUUUCUUAUGGUUUUGUUUUAAGAUUGUCUAGAAAUGGUGUUUGGAACUGGAGAUAAAGAAGAUCCCCCAAGCAAAGAACUUAAAAAGCAAAGAGGUAUU